AUGUUUACAAUGAAUUUUGUAUUUAUUUUAUUAAUAAUAAUUAUAUCUGUUUUAAAUAUUAAUGCAUAUCGAAAAGAAAUUAAUGAUGGUGAUGAUGAUGCAGAUUUUAUUGAUAUUGGCAUACGAUUAACAGGAGAUAAUAAAGAUUAUCUUGUAGCUGAUCUUAUUGCAGAAGAAAAUGAUCUUUUUAAUGCUGGACUUAUACAUGGAAUUGGUUUACAUCAUUUACGUAUUCAACGAAGACAUAAUCGAAGAUCGAAACGUGCUAUUAAUGACAUAAUCGAAGAAUUACAACGAGAUAGACGAAUUGCAGAUGUCGCUGUUGGUCAUUUUUUAGAAAGACAAAAACGUGAUUUUGUACAUGAUGAUGCAUUAGAAGCAUUGUAUAGACAAUAUCGUACUUGGAAAGAUUCACACUUAUCUGUAGAUAUUGACCCAGAUUUUAAGAAUUCAUCACUUAAAAUGUCUUUCGAUGAUGAAUUAUAUCAAAAACAGUGGUAUUUGGAAAAUGAAGGUCAAUUAAAUACUCCAGCAGAUCAUGAUAUGAAUGUUAUUCCAGCUUGGUUGGCUGGCUAUUCUGGUAAAAAUGUAACAAUUUGUAUUAUUGAUGAUGGUCUUGAUCAUAUACAUGAAGAAUUACGUGAUCGAUAUCAACCUCAGUUCAGUUAUGAUUUAAAUGAUCUUAACGAUACUGAACAUGAUCCAAGUCCAAGAACAUAUGAUUCUGCAAAUAAUCAUGGCACACGUUGCGCUGGUGCAGCUUCUGGUAAAGCAAAUAAUGGUAUGUGUGGAGUUGGUGUUGCUUAUAAUUCAAAUAUUGCUGGUAUUCGACUUCUUGAUGGACGUAUUACAACAUUACUUGAAGCACGUGCCUUAACAUUAUUUGCUGUAAAUACAUCUAUUAAAAGUGCUUCAUGGGGACCAACUGAUGAUGGAACUAAAAUGGAAGCACCAGGUCCACUUGUUAAUGCUGCAUUAGAUUAUGCUGUUACACAUGGUCGUCAUGGUAAAGGUGUAUUAUUUGUUUGGGCUUCAGGUAAUGGUGGUGUAGCUAGUGAUGAUUGUGGUGCUGAUGGAUAUGUCUCUCAUCAAAAUGUUAUAUCAAUUGGUUCAAUAAAUCAUCUUGGUAAAUCAACAUAUUUUGGUGAAUUUUGUCCAUCAACUAUGGCAGUAGCUUAUACGGGUGGUCGUCAUGCACGUUCAGCUCAUGAACCAUUUAUGCCAGUUGGUGUUGUUGCUGCUGAUGUUGGUGGAAAAUGUACAACAAAAUUUUUUGGUACAUCAGGUGCAGCACCAGUUGCUGCUGGAGGUUUAGCACUUGUACUUGAAGCUAAUCCAGAAUUAACUUAUCGUGAUGUCAUGCAUAUUAUAGCUGAAACAUCUCGUAUACCAAAUUUAUCUGAAACUGAAGAUUGGAUGAUUAAUGGAGCUGGUUUUCAUGUUAGUGAUAAAUUUGGUUUUGGCGUACUUGAUAUUGGACAAAUGACUGCUUUAGCACAAAAUUGGACAAAUGUUAAUCCAAGAUAUGAAUGUUAUCAUGAAUAUAAAGGUUCUAGUCUUCCAUUGGGUAUUGGUGCUACUGUUGAAGUGAAUCUUGAUGUUGAUAAAUGUGAAAAUGUAACAUAUCUUGAACAUGUUACAGCUAAUGUAUCAUUUAUUUAUCAUCGUCGUGGUGAUGUAAAAAUUACAUUAAUAUCACCAAGUGGAACAACUUCGGAAAUGCUUUCUUAUCGAGAUAAUGAUUCUACCGACAAAGGUAUAAAAUAUUUUCCAUUUAUGUCAGUACAUAAAUGGGGUGAAUCUCCAAUUGGUCGUUGGACAUUACGUGUUGAAACUCGUACACCACAAAAUCAUGAUGCAGAAAAAUCAGCAACGAGAAAUGAUGCUGGUGAAUUAAAUUAUUUUGGUUUACGUCUCUUUGGUUCAUAUAUAUCAGAUGAUAGUAAAAAUAACAUGCAAAAACGGAAAGCAUCAGAAGCUUUUGUACCAUCAUCGAAUGAAUUAGAAUGGAUAUAUAAACGAGAAUUAUCUAUACGACAAUCACCUAAUGUAAUGCAAAAACGUGAUUAUCAAAAUUUAGUUGAUGAACGACAACGUCGUAGAGAAACUUCAGAUGAAUCUUUAUUUUCAAUAUUUCGCAAAAAAUUUGGUUUUUGA